UGUUUCAGAAAGGACUUGGCAGAUAAACAGAUGAACACUUUGCUUCUGUCAGUGUGGUGAAAUUUUGCACUGGUGCAGAUGAAUGUGAUUCGGUUUUGACUGAUGUUAGAGCACUUGAGGAAAGUGGUAUCACUUUACGCUUUAAUGCCAGACCCCCCCCCUCACACACACACACACACACACACACACACACUCUCACUAGUGACUCAGCAACAGACUCUUGCCCUACGAUCUGCACCAAGUGAAACUCUCCACACAGACACCAUUGCAUAUAAACAACUUGGAGCUUGCUUCAAAAUAACUUGCUUAUAAAUAGACCAUCAACUAUCCAAACGGGGAUUUCCUUUGAUACCCAGUGCAUAGCAGUGAUUGUGUAACAACCAGAGAGCUGCAGACCAGACACAGAGCGAGGAAGGACAUUUAGAAGACAACACCAUCCAGAAAACUACCAUAAUGUCAGGCGAUCAACCCUCUUCACCUUCCAGCGACUCCUUGUGCCCAGGCUGCCAGGGUGAAGGGUCGCUGCUGCUGCCCUGCGGACACACUCUGUGCCAGGCUUGCCUGCAGCUGUGUCGGGAGGAGCUGGGACAGGACGGGCCGGGCUGUACAGAGUGCUACGGCCGCGAGCUGCUGGACAGCGUGCUGAAGGGGCUGCUCGACUCGCUGUUUCAAGGGCAGCCGCGGCGGGUGGGGAACGGCGUGGAGGGCGGAGAGACGGCGGAGGAUGGAGAUCUGUGCAGACAGCAUAGAGAGAGACUGACUCAGUACUGUAUGGAGGACGAGGAGCUGAUCUGUGAUCAGUGUCAGGGAGCGGAACAUGAAGCUCACGAGUGCGGCUCCAUAGAAGAGGCCACAGAACACUGUAAGAGGGAGGUGAGAGCAGCUCUCAGACCCCUGCAGGAGAAACUGGAGAUGUUGAACACAGCCAAGCAGACCUGCCAGGAAACUUCAGAACACAUCAGGAGACAGGCCCAGAACACCGUGCGUCUGAUAAAGGAGAACUUUGAAAAGCUCCAUCAGUUCCUGCAUGAUGAGGAGAUCUCCAUGCUGAGAGCCCUGAGUGAGGAAGAGGAGAAGAAGAGCCAGAAGAUGAAGGAGAAGAUGGACAAACUGACAGAUGAGAUCAUGACCUUAAGAGAAGCCAUUAGUUCAACAGAAGAGGCCAUGAGCGCUGAUGACAUGGCAUUUCUGAAGAACUACAAGAAGACUUCAGAACGGAUGGACUGCACUGUUCAGGAUCCAGUGGAAAUCUCUGGAGCUUUGAUUGAUGUGGCCAAACACAUCGGCUCGCUCAAGUUCAGAGUGUGGGAGAAGAUGCAGACCGCCGUCACGUACACUCCCGUGAUCCUCGACCCCAACACUGCAGACGUCUGCGUGGCUCUGUCUGAUGACCUCACCAGCAUCCGCUACACGGAGGAAGACCAGCAGGUCCCGGACAACCCCGAGCGCUUCUGCUUCUACGAGUGCGUCCUGGGCUCCGAGGGCUUGGGCUCCGGCCGGCACAGCUGGGACGUGGAGGUGGGCGACUGCAGCGAGUGGGCACUGGGGGUGGUGAAAGAAAGCGUGCAGCGUAAAGAGUGGUUCCCGCCGAGCCCCGAGCGCGGCAUGUGGACCAUCUGCCUGUACGGAGGAGAGUACCGCGCGCGGACGGCCACCAGCGCUCCUCUGACGCUCAAGAAGAAACCUCAGAAGAUUCGGGUUCAGCUCGACUGGGAGGCCGGCAGGGUCAUGUUCUCAGAUGCCGGAGACAACUCUCUGCUCUACAAGUAUAAGCACAAGUUUACAGAAAAAGUGUUUCCAUAUUUCUCCAACACAUGUAAAAGACAUCCGCUGCAUAUUUUAGCAGAGAAGGUGUCUGUGUACACAGAGUAACUCGACACAUUUCAUGAUACACACUUUUCUGAGCCGGGAGGACUGAGGUAGUACAAGAAUGACUUAAAGGGAUAGAUCACCCAAAAAUGACAAUUCUGUCAUCAUUUACUCACUCUCAGGUUGUUCCAAACCUGUACGAAUUAUUAUGCUGAACACAGAAGAUAUUUUGAAUGUGGGGAACCAAUCAGCUGACAAAAGCUUAUUAUUAUUUUUUUUUAAGUUAACAAUUUUCAUUUUUGGGUGAACUAUCAUUUUAAGUAUACACUACCGUUUUUUAAGGAAAUCAGUAUUUUUAUUCAGCAAGGAUGCAUUAAAAUGAUCUGAAGUAGCAGUAUGUUUAUUGUAAAUUAUUUUCUUUUGAACUUAUCAAAGAAAUCUGAAAAAAAAGUUUUCACAAAACUAUUAUUCAGCAAAAGUUUUCAACAUUGAUAAAAAAUGUUUCUUGAGCAGUAAAUCAGCAUAGACUGAUUUCUGAUAGAUUGAUUUCACAUGUUAAAUUGUUAUAAU